UCGCAACAAAUGCGACAGUCCCGUAAUAAUACUUGACCCUGAUAUAUAAAGUUUGCACUCGAAAAGCUUUUUCGAGUUGGAGUUUUACAUCUGCGUGCUUCAAAAUGAGCGACGACACGGACUCCCCUCCCGAGAGGGAGAUGAAGGACUUUCAGUUCCGACAGAUGAAAAAAGCCAAAGUUUUCGAGCCUUCGGGCGAAAUGCCAAGAGAGCGUUCCAGCUUGCUCGCCAUCUCCAACAAGUUCGGCCUGACGUUCGCCGGCUCUGGCGGAAUGUUCAAGGUCUACCGGACGCAAGACAUCCUCGCCGCCGACAAACAGGACGGCACCUCUAACACAAUCGUUGAUGGAAUCGCAGCACUGGUGGAGGUGAAGGUGGAAUCAGCGCUGCAUAACAUAGCUCUCAGCAGUGACGAGCUUACGUUGUCUGUAUGCGCCGCCUCGGAGGAAGCCACGCUGUCCGUCAGCUUCUUCGACGUCCGUACCUUCGUUAACGAGGCCCGAACGCAGAAGUUACCUUUCGCCUCGUGGCAGCCAACCGUGCCCCCGGAGACUCUGGUGCUGGACCUUAAGUGGAAUCCCACUCAGGCGUCUAUGUUGGCCGCUUGCCUGUCUGAUGGCACCAUGUCCAUCAUGGAGGUUGCUGACGACGUUAGAGUGCAGGCCGCUCUCCCCGCCUCCAGCGGCGUCACGUGUCUUUGCUGGAGCCCCAAAGGAAAACAGGUCGCUGUGGGGAAAAUGAAUGGCACCGUCAGCCAGUAUACUCCAGCACUAGAGGAAAAGAAAGUGAUCGCCUGUCCGCACUUUUACACCUCUGAUAACCCUGUCAAAGUUCUUGAUGUGUUGUGGUUGAGGACGUAUUCAUUUGCUGUGGUCUACGCUGCUGCCGAUGGCUCCCCAGAAACUCCACCCGAGCUUGUGUUGAUCACUAUCCCCAAAAAGGAUGAAAAAGUGGAAACAAAGUACCUGAACUUCAGUGACACUGUGUACGGCUGCUGCACGGUGCGACAGCACCACUACUUCCUCAGUCACAUCGAAGACUGGAACGUUGUUUUGGCCGCUUCUGCAGCCUCCAUCGAAGUCAGCGUCAUAGCCAGACAAGAUGACAAGAUCUGGGAGCUCUGGGUGCUGGAGGAUGCUAGCAGGGCUGAGCUGCCCGUCUCUGAGACCAGCGAAGACACGCUGCCCCUCGGCUUAGCCAUCGACUACACCAGCCAGCAGGAGAUCUGCAUCAGCGAUGAAAAGACUUUGCCCCCGGCUCCCACUCUGCUCAUGCUAUCCACCGAGGGAUUGCUUUGCCCAUUUGCACUGCUGAACCUCAACCCCGGAAUCAAGCAGCUAAUCACACCCUGCGCCGCCCUGACAACGGAGGGCGAGAGAUCCCCCAAGCCAGGUUCUUUGGCAGUGCAGCCCCCCAAAUCUGCUGCACCCCCCGCGUCUGCCUUCCCAAACCUCGCUGUUACUUCAGUGGCUGCCUCAUCAUCUGCUGCACCCCUCUUUGGCCUUGUUCUUACACCUCCCACAUCAUCAUCAUCAGGCUUCACUUUCUCCAUCCCGCCCAUCAGCGGCAACUUGGCCCCUCCCACCUUUUCCCUGGGCUCGUCCAUGCCUAUCGGCUCAGGUGUCCCUGGCUUCUCGUUCGCCGCUGCCAAGCCUCCCACUGAAACCCCCUCAGCGUUCUCUUUCAGCACGCUCUCGAAUAAAGUCGCUGUCCCGACACCCCAGAACCUCGCCACUCCCUCCGUUCCCGCAGUCAAACUCAAUUUAAAUGACAGGUUUUCAGCAGUUGAAGCUCCAGCAGCCCUUCCGCCCUCUUUCUCGUUCGUGACAUCUAUGCCCAAAAGUGUUGUCUCUCACGGCAGUGUGCCUGCCCUUGCUGCUAUCACCACCAAGCCAGCGACCGUGUCAAUUCAAACCAGUACAUCACCUGUAGGACUCCAAAAACCAUCCCCAGCUCCACAGGGCCGCAUCCAAACCACACAGUUACAGGCAGCUGGAGUCGGAGUAAAGCCGGUGGAGAAGCAGCAGCCUCCGCCAAAGAAAGAAUUUGAUCCCAUCAUGACUGGAAUACUCGAGGAGAUUUCACACUUCCAAAAGGAACUGGAGGAUUUUAAGGCAAGGAGCUCGAUGGCCGACUUUAAGGUUGGAACCAACGAGGAGAUGAAGGAACUGAGAAAAGAGUCUGAGGAUCUGAACAUUUUCACCCUGGAGAUUAAGGAAACCACAGAGUCUCUGCACAGCGACAUUGGUACACUGAAGACCACGCUACUGGAGGGUUUCGCCGGGGGAGAAGAAGCAAAGUCCCAGAGUGAGCUCAGCAGGGACCGAAAUUACAGACAACUGCUGUACAAAAGACCCCUGGACCCGCGCAGUGAAGAACAGCUCAGGGAGAUUCGCCGGCUCUACCAGUACGUCAUGUUCGCCGUGGAGGACGUCAACGGUGUUCUGGAUGUGGAAUGGGAGAAACACUUGGAGAAGAAGAAGAAAAGGCACAUCGUGGUGCCUGGGCGUGAAGGUCUGUUCACCACGCUGGCCAACAACCUGUACAUCAUCAACCAGCAGAAGAACAGAUUGGACCAGCUGGUCAACAAGCUCACCUCACUGCAUCUCUACAAUAAGACAGAAGCUCCCAUGGCCAACAGCAACAUCGUUAAGUCCGGAAGUAUGGAAAGCAAGCUUGAUAGUUUGAGGGAUGCGCUGCUGAAGGCCCGACUAGACACCGCCUCUCCUAAAGCCAAAAGCCCAUCACCAGUGAAGAUAUCGCCAGUUAAACAGUCCCAACUGCGUAACUUCCUCUCCAAGGGGCACAUGCCUCCUGUUCGCUCAACUGCACCAGCCAACCUGUCCCGCUCGGUCUUCCUGUCGCCCAAAUACUACGAAGACCUGGAUGACGUGAGCUCCACCUCGUCCCUUUCGCAGUCCAUGGAGCCUCACCUGCCUCACUUGGAGGUUGAGGAGGAGGAAGAGGAGGAACUGCAGCCCGAGUGCCUACCUAUUGCCACCGCCGCCGCCCCUCCUGCGUACCCCCGACACCCCACUGUGGUGAGGACCCCCUCCAUCCAGCCCGGCUUCGGAGCCAUCCAGUCCACGCCCUUGAGCAAAAUGCAGUCAGUGCCAGGCAUGGGCUUUGGGCUGAGCCCUAUUGCCAGCCCUAUUCCCACCAAUAAGAUCAACCUGAGUGGCGCUGAGAGCACAGCCCUUGCCACCAAAACAGUCAAGCAUGGUGCACCGCCUGCCGAGAGGACCGUGCCCGUUACCAUCCCAGCCCAGCAGGCCGCUGCCACGGCUGCGCUCCGUAGGCUGAUGGCAAAUCAGAAGACGGGCGUUAGCACCUCCUUGACAGAGUCCACCUUAAAAACCGUGCCCCAAGUGGUCAACGUCCAGGAGCUGAAGGACAAAGGGGCUCCUGUGUCAACCCUCGCCACUAUCAGUUCAUCAACAACAGACCCAGCAGCUGUGCCCCUGCAGGUUCCUGCUCCAACUGCAUCCAUCCUGCCCAAACGAAAUCCAGUCCUUGGUGUGCAAAAGCCAACCAUGGAAAGCACAAGCGCUCCACAAGCGAACUUCAUGUUUGGUCAGUCUGCCAAAGCUGACACAGCCGUUGCUCCUGCUAGCUCAGCUGAGUUGAAUAUCAGCAAAGGUUUCUCCUUCACUUCAACCCCAUCAAGCUUCAGUUUUUCAUCAGUCACUCCAGCAUCUGGAAUACCACCAGUGAAGGAUGUGAGUGAGUUCUCCUUUGUUGGAAAUGGCAAGAUGAUAUUUGGUCAGACCGUAGAGGAGCCAUCAAAGUCCUCCUCGGCUGCCCUAACUGCUGCUGCGUCGGCCACACAGCCUCCAUCAGCGGAAACCCCCAUACCCGUUUCUACAAUAGCUUCUGCCAGGAUACAACCUCAACCCCCUAAAACGACCGGAGGAGAAACUUUAGGCAGUUUCUCCGGGCUACGUGUUGGUCAAGGAGAAGAAGCUAAAGAUUCCCCUGCCAAAUCGACCCCUGCAAACAGCGCUUUCACCUUUGGAGGGGCUGGAAUUGGCAAAGGAACGGUGCAGUUCAGCUUUGGCGGUGAUCGAAACUCCGCUGGAGACUCUCUUGAAACCGACUUGUCCAAGUCUAGUAGUUUGUUCAAACCUCCAGAGACCACCCCCAAGCUGACCUUCUGCGUGACCGCGUCCAACACCCCUGCCUCGGGGAUGCAGACAUCUUUCAGCAGCCUCCUUGCGGCCGCCGAACCAACGGAAGACCUCAAACCAGUCCUGCAACCUUCAGAUCUCCCAUCGCCGCCUGAAAAAAGCCCUUCUCCAGAGCCUUCUGUCAUGGGUGUCACACCGUUAGAAACACCCAAGCCUUCACCAGAUGCGCCCGCCAUUAAAGACCCUGAUGCUGUUCCGGAUGCUCCCGCUUCAGUCUCAGCAGCGGAAGCAACCCCACCGGCUCCAGCAGUCAUCGUGGCAGAUGCUAACCUGAGUGUCACAUCGGUUGCCCCUGUGGUUCCCGUCUCCCAAGUAGCCCCAGCGGCAUUCCAGGUGUCCACUCCUGAGAAGCCCGGGUCCAUUUUCACUCAGCCCACGACGACUGAUAGGAGCUCUCCCGCUGUGACUGCAGCCGUAAACGCGACUGCUGCCCCUGCGGCUGCUGUCCCUACGGCGGCUGACACCGCAAGUGCUGCCCCCUCUGCCGGCACCGUCACGGAUGGCAACCCCGCUUUUUCAGUCGCUUCCACCACCAGUGUUGCCACUGUGUUCGGACAACCUGCCGCAACCCCUGCUGUCUCCACAGCCCCCACAGCGUUUGGCUCGUCCACCUUCGGCACAUCAACUGCAGGCGGAUUCGGCAAGUCAGUUUUCGGUCAACCGAGCGCCUUUGGCCAGCCCACAAGCAACACAGCAACGCCCGGUGGCUUCUCCUUUGGACAGUCCGCAUUCGGCGCAAGCACCAGUGCUGCCACCACCGGAGGAGGCAGUCUUUUCGGAGCAUCCACGCCGAGCAACGCCAGUUCCUUUUCUUUCGGCGCGAGCACAAUUGCCAACACAUCCAGCAGCACUGGCACCGGACUGUUUGGACAGAGCACCACCUCUGCGUUCGGACAGAGCUCCACGUUUGGACAAGGGUCUCUAUUUGGGAGCAACACCACCACAUCCUCCUCUACAGGAUUCAGUUUUGGUCAGCCAUCAGGUUUUGGAUCAUCUCCUUCAUCUGGGUUUGGCCAGCAAGCCAACACGGGGAGUGUAUUUGGAAGGCUGCAGCAGCCGUCGAGCGGAGGUCUGUUCGGUUCCAACGCCACCAGUGCAGCAGGCUCACCAGGCAGCAGCCUCUUCAGCGGCCUGGGAGGCAAGCCGAGUGAAGACGCCGCCAACAAGAAUCCAUUUGGUCUGACUGCUUCCCCUGGAGGGUUUGGGCAACCUACUCAGACUGGUACCCCCAGUCUCUUUGGUAGUACUGUAGCCAAACCAAUGGGAUUUGGACAGGCCUCCUUUGGGGAACAGAAACCCAGCGGGACCUUCAGUUCUGGUGCGGGGACUGUUGCUUCCCAGGGCUUUGGAUCCUUCGCCAGCCCAACAAAACCAGGUGGAUUCGGCAGUGCACCGGUGUUCGGGAGUCCCCACACCUUUGGCACUUCACCGUCAUUUGGCGCUAGUGCGGCAUUCAGUGCCAGUCCUUCCUUCAGUAACACCAUGGACUCCUCCGCCGGGAAGGUGUUUGGAGAGGGAACGGCCGCUUCCAAUAUGGGCGGAUUUGGUUUCGCCUCGCCAUCCGGCACAUCGUCCUUCGGAGCGCUAGCCAAUCAGAGCGCCCAGCCGUCGUUUGGGAGUCUGGCCCAGCAGGGACCUGGCUUUGGUGCUCAGCCUGGCGGCUUCGCGGGCUUCGGACAGCAGCCACAACCUGGAGGCUUCUCUGGAAAUACCUUUGGCUCCACAAACCAAUCAGGCUCCCAAACGUUUGCCGGUUGGAGAAGCUAGUUUUACUGAUGCUACACAAGCUCACAAUUCGACUUGACUUUUCUGCUUUCUCGCUCUUUUUUUUUUUUUUUUUUUAUGUCGCCUGAAGGGAAAGUUGUAGAAUUUUACAACAAACGUUUUACAUGCUUUUCAUUGAUUAAAACAA